AUGUCUAUCCCUAUGAACCGCCUGGGCGGCCGCGCCUUCAGCCACGCCGACAACGACGACGACGACACGGAGCGCGAGUACGAUCGCCUCCGCGACCUAGCCCGCGAGGAAGCCAACAAGCGCAACCAGGCCUUUGAGCGCUCCCAACAAGCCUACCAGUCCGGCGAUGGCGCGGCCGCCAAGGAGCUCUCCAACGAGGGCAAGCGUCACGCGCAAAAGAUGGAGGACUACAACCGCCAGGCGUCCGAGUUCAUCUUCCGGGAGAACAACGCCGCCGGUCGCAUCACGGGCAGCUGCGUCGACCUGCACGGGCAGUACGUCGAGGAGGCGGAGCGUAUCCUCGAGGAGCGCAUCCGCGCCGACAGGGCGCGGGGCCAGGAACACUUGCACGCCAUCGUCGGCAAGGGAAACCACUCGACGGGCCACGUGCAGAAGCUGAAGCCGAGGAUCGAGGCCAUUUGCCGCGAGAUGGGGCUCAAGUAUUCGACUGAGGAGAACGCGGGCCGGAUCUACAUCAACCUUCAAGGCGGCGACGCGACUAUGCCGCCGCCGCCUCACACUGGAGGUGGUGGACAGCAGCACCACGGAGGAGGCCAGCAGCAGCAUCACGGUGGUCAGACCCACGGGGGACAGCAGCAGCAACACCACGGCGGCCAGAACCAGCAGCAAGGCCAGGACGAGACUGGCGACUUGGUCGUCAAGAUUCUCAAGAAACUGGAGAAGGCUUGCUGUAUUGUCAUGUAA